AUGAGAAAGGCAACAAAUCCCGGGCAAUUCGAGCAACCGGAUGUCGACUUGAACUUCGCGAAAACCGGUGAUUUGAUGAUAUGGCCUGGGAAAAUGCAUGUUGGAUCGGAUAAACAAGUGGAAAAGAACGCCGCGUUUUCUGUGGCUGGUGAUGUUUGCAUCACAGGCUCCUAUUCUCGUCCAUCUGAUGAACGACUCAAAUGCAAUAUUCACACGAUUGAUAAAGCGCAAGCGAUUGAGCGAAUGAAACAAUAUGAUCUCGUUGUCUAUGAUUAUAAACCCGAGAUUGCUGAAGCGUGGAAUUUGGAUGAAAGAAGCAAGACUCGUGCCGGUGUGAUUGCUCAACAACUUCGCGAGGUCUACCCUGAAGCCGUUGCAACAAACGGAGAAUUCCUAACAAUUGAUGAGAAUCGUCUCUUCUUUGAUAAUAUGGUUGUCACUCAAGAACUAUGGAAUCUCACUCAAGAAUUGGACAAGAAAAUCGUUGACAAUGUGGACGAAUUGCAGAAGAGAAUCAAGUUCUUGAUGAGAAAGAAAGAGUUGAUUGGAUCGCUUGCUUCCGGGUUAUCGGAGACAACCUCAGGAUUUGGAGAUUCGAAGAGUUACAUCUCGAUCUCACAACCAUCACUUUAUGAUCCAAAAGAGAAAAGGAGACCGAAAAAGCAAUGUCACAAUCCAUCGUGUCACAGGAAUGAGCCGUUGUGCAACUCGAAAUUUACACAGGGUACCAUUGUUGCCCUUGUCGUUAUCAUGGCUGCUUGUCUCCUCGCAAUGUCCGCUCUUUAUAUUCUUGAUUGGCACAACAGAAACAAUAACGCUUUCUCUGUCUAUGAAUUAGCCUCUCAUCCAAAACCGAAAACCGAAAACAAUGAAGAUCUUGGAUUCAUGAUUGAAACAGCUUGGGUGCCAGGCAGUCAACCAGGAGUCGAUCCAUUGAUGGGUGUCUGCCGCCAAUCCGAAUGCCAACGCUAUUGCUGCAUCGAUCCAUACAAGAAUAAAGCUGAUGAAUUGAAAUUUGAUGACUCUGAUGGAAAUGUUGCUUUAGCCACACAUCAACAGGUCUUUGACAAGCGAUCCGUUCCAUCAAAUGGAUUUAAUUCGGAGAAAGUCUCGAUUGAGAUUCUUAAUAUGAAUGUAACACUUGGAGACAACUAUUGUAUUAGUUGCAAUAAGCAGAGAGGAAGAUUCAACUACUAUAUUCCGAUCUCAUCUUAUAUGCCGACGAUUCCACUUCAUAUCAGAAUCAAUGUUCCUCGUGGAAAGAUCGUGAACAAUUGUGGCUAUUUGUCGUUGUUCCUGACGAAAUCAUGCCAAACACAAAAGGAUGAAAGUGUCGCAUCACAUCAAACAUCAACACCCUACGCCACACAGAUCUCCGAGAAUGUCUUCGAGAUCUCUGCUGGUUCUUUUAUGCAAUCAGCUUAUCGUUUCCGUGUCGGUUACACGACUGAAGCCUGCUAUUCGCAAGGAGUUUUCGAUGAAUUCAACCUCGUUUUCUAUCGUAAAUGUGGAACUUCAAAAUCACCACAAAAUAAUCAUGCAAUCUCUUCAUUUGUCAAGGAG